AUGGGCCGAUGUUUGGGACAGUAUGUAGUUGUUUUCAACUGUUCCGAUCAAAUGGACUUUCGUGGUCUCGGACGCAUUUUCAAAGGUCUAGCUCAGUCCGGUUCAUGGGGUUGUUUUGACGAAUUCAAUCGUUUGGAAUUGCCGGUGCUUUCGGUGGCCGCAAUGCAAAUUGCUAUUGUGUUGCAGGCCAAACGCGAAUACAAGGCCUCCUUCACAUUCUCCGAUGGUGAAGUUGUCUCUAUGAAUCCGGAAUUCGGCAUAUUUAUCACCAUGAAUCCCGGGUACGCUGGACGACAGCGAUUGCCGGAAAAUCUAAAAACAAGCUUCCGAUUGGUUGCUAUGAUGGUACCCGACCGCCAAAUUAUCAUUCGAGUCAAACUUGCUGCCUGUGGUUUUGUUAACAAUGCCCAACUCGCAUCCAAGUUUCACUGUCUCAGUCAGCUUUGCGAAGAGCAGUUAACUAAACAG